UACUGUUGAUCGUUUUACAAUGAGGGGUACAUCCUUCUUGGGUCUUCUAGUGGCCACAUCGCUGUUUUCCUACGUCGCUCCAGCUGUCUUGCCACGCCAAGGAACCCUCUCUUGGGGAAACUCCGCUCCGGAUGAGCAGAAAGAUGAGGGCCUUCUUUUGUCUAGAGAUUCUCCUCUUGCCGAGAUCGGGGCACGUCAUGAUAAUGCGAACGCUGGCUUUGUGAACGACGACGACGAAGAUGAUGACGGCAAUUUGGUUGAUCAGGACAUUGGAGGAAAGAUCAUUCCGGAAGCGGAAGGUCUGUUGGAAGAUGAUGAGGACUUCCUCGCAAGUCUAGAUCUGUGGAAGAGUCUUCAAGACUGGGAAUUCGAUAAAGAUGUCGACUUUUUGCCCAAACGCCGAAGUCCAAGGGCAGCAUCACAGCGGUCAGGGUCACGAAGGUCAGGGUCACGAAGGUCAGGGUCACGAAGGUCAGGGUCACGAAGGUCAGGGUCACGAAGGUCAGGGUCACGAAGGUCAGAGUCACAAGAACGGUCGGGGUCACGAGAGAGGUCAGCUAUGAGCAGACUUUUUGACGAAUCUGAACCCGGACGAGUGAGCAGAAAUGGAAACCGCAUAACUCAACAGUUCGAAAGAGAGGGUACCUGGGAUACCGUGAUGUCGGACUUCAAUGGCCUGCGGUCGGAAAUGAGUUCAGUUCGAGACAACGUACAAAGAAAUAAUUACAAUCUGAUGAUCGGCACAAUGCCUGAUGGAUCUACGGUCAUCGCCAGAGACAACAGCAGCGGUGGUUGGCCCACUCUAGAGUUCCAAAGCAGAGACGCAAACGGAAGGCGGAGCUACCGGAAGAUCCGCUACAGCUCGGGAGGGAGCUCUUCAACGGGUGGAGCUUAAUUAAUUCCUACAGCACAGGGCUAUUUUUAGCCGCCCUCACUUCCCUCCAAAACGUGAACAUCAGAUUCAAAAGUUGGGGGUGGGGGUGGGGGUGGGGUUCCUGCUGUUGUCACAUGACGUAAUAAAGAAGGAGUGUGUCUUCUUGUUAGUAGU